CGCAAGUCGUGGGCGACGGGCACACGGAAAAACAUCACCCCCGAGACCAUGGUACCACUCGAUGCUCCCACGCAGGCGCGGCGCUACGUUCUUCCCUCGGCGACAUCAAGGAAGGAAGUUCCCGCGACGUUCGCCAAGAAGCGGUCGCGGUCGACGGCGCUUGGGGAUGAGGAGGAAGACGAACUCGACCCUCCGCCCCCUGACGCUACGGACCGUGAGCUGAUCGAGUACAAGCGGCGGCAAAACACUUUGGCGGCGCGGAAGAGCCGGAAGCGGAAGCUCGAGCAUCAGCAGCAGCUUGAGGAGAGGGUGGAGAUGCUGACCCUUGAGGUGGAGCAGUGGAGGACGAAGGCGGAGAUCUAUCAGAGCAUCUUGCUAAGUCACAAUAUU